AUGGCGAUGGACACCAAUUUCGCAUCCUCAUUGUUUGAGAAUCUAAACCUGGAAGAUCCAUGGCUUCCUCCAACUACCUGGGAAUCGAUCCCAUCCGAAAGCGGAAAUUUCCAUCUUCGAAACCCCAAGUCCUCUUCCUCUCACUCCCUCUACCAUGCCUCCACCGUCUCCGAGGCAAGUUUGGUGCGGUUGGCGAUGAAUGCACUGCAAGGAGUUGAAUCGGCCCUUGUUAGCAUCCAGAAGCUUUCUGCUGCAUUUUGCUCUGACCCGGCUGAUAGGACUUUCCAUCAGAUUCCAAGUCUGUGGAAUAGGUCUUCAAGCACUCAUGCUCUGGGAAACAUUCUCCAGCCCAUUGGCUGCUCAGGUUUGCUUGUCUUUCUUCUGCGAAAAUUUGUGGACUACUUUUCGAAUUUGAAUGUGGAAAGUGAAGAUCAUGUUGAUGGUGAAGCUCAAGUGAAACAGUGCCCUCCAUAUAGUCUUGUUAACCAUGCUUUCGCUGUUUCGGUGGGAAAGGUUGUGGAAGGUUACAUGUGUGCACUGGAUACCUUGUAUGCAUCAGUGGGUUUGAGGCGCUCUUCGUGUUCGUCUUCUGUGGUGGGAUGUCUGAACAGUGUAGUGUAUUCUGAACUUACUUUGUUGGAGUUCUAUUUGCACACAAAGGAAUUGAGGGCUCAGAUUGAAGCCCUUACGAACUUAUGCAACUUAUAUCAGUUCUCUAGUUGUUUCUCAGUAUCCUCUCUUGAAGAAUUGAUUACAAAAGCAAAUUUGGAAUUUUGUAAUUUCUACAGAGGAGGGGAUUUACUCUCAUAUCUGUAUACUCAAUUACAGGUUGCUGAUCCUGCUCAUCGUCCUUUACUCAAAUUUCUUUUUCUUCGUACAUGUGAACCAUAUUGUGGCUUUAUUAGAUCAUGGAUAUUCAAAGCUGAGAUUAGUGACCCUUACAAGGAGUUUGUUGUAGAAUAUGCUGACAGUCUAUCUCCAAAUCAACAUGGUAAAGCCGACAUCUCUAUUGACUUCCCAUUGGCAACUAUUAGGGAACAAGAUGGAGUUUCUGUUCCUUGUUUUUUGAAGGACGUCUUGAUUCCACUUGUCAGAGCUGGUCAGCAGCUGCAAGUUCUAGUGAAAUUGCUUGAAUUGUGUACUUUUGUUGCCACCAACAACCAUACUUACGAGGGUUUUCUUCCCUGCUGGACUGGAUUUUCUGGCAAUUGUCCAUAUUAUUCGCCUCCAUUGACAUUUAUAAAAGGAAAUGUAGAGGCCACAUUACUUUCAAGGGACAGAUAUUACAGAAGAAUGCAGGAAAAACUCGAGAAUCUUUCAGCAAAAUUAGAGUUCAGAUAUCAACAGGUAGUUCGAUCAGGUACACUGCCUGUUCUCUUGGAUAAUGGGGGUAGGAGUUCAACCAACCCAGGUUUAUUUGCUUUGGAUGACAAUUUUAUUCCUUCUCCAACAAAUGAUAAAAGGGAGUCAAAUGGGGUUCAUGAUUUGGAUUCUGGUGAGUUAAGUGCAAGGGAUGGUCUAUCUGACCUCACGGAUUCGUACGAGUCAUCUGAAUGUUCAUUUGAUAGUACUUCUGCAGAGCAAAAUGUGUCUGAGCAGAUGGUUGAGCUUCCCAAUCAUAUUGUUGGGCUGGAACAAAAAUAUUUAUCUGCCUUAAGCUUUUCAAUGAGUAUGCCCGUUGAUAAUUUGCAAAAGCCUCAUGUACGUGAAGAGUCAUGCCAUAUAGUAAGUGACCAGAGUAGACUUUGUGAAAGAAGAGAUGCCCUAGCACAUUCUCAUCAUAAAGGUGUGUUUACAAGUCAAAUAUCUGUGCCCAUAAAACCAAAAGAAUCGAACUUGUCAGCUAUGUCUGAUAUUCAGUUUGCAGAUUGUCUAUCUGAUAAGGACUGGCCAGAAGGUGGUCUUUUUGAGAGUUAUUCUGCCAUUGAUGAAGAGUACAAAGAUGGUCGAAGGUCACAUCCAAUGGAUUCUCCCUCAAAGGUGAAUGAAAGAAUACUAGAGGCCUUAAAGGAGGGCACAUCAUAUUUCAGAAAAGGAGUUGGGACUAAUAGUGCUUUAAUUGAAGAAGCCUAUGGCAAGGAUCAACCUCAAAAUGUGACAUAUCCUUCUUCAGAUUUAUUUACAUUACAACAGUGGAAAGUUAACUCCCAUAACAAUUUUCUCAGCAUGAAUCCAAUGUUGACAAAGAAUAACUUACUUCACCUGAUAACCAAGCCUGGAGAGAGAUAUGGAAGGGAAUUUGGACAUUCUUUGCCUUGCUUUGAAUUUUCUUUGAUAAAAGACCCUUUUAAGGUGGAUCUGGAAAAGCUACCUGCAGGGCUCAUGGACUCCAAUGCCUCUGUUACCAGUGUUAAGAGUGAUUGCUUUCGGAAACAAGAUUUUGGUGGGGAUACUGUCUCGAUUGAUAAAACCAAAUUAUCUGAUUCUCUUCCAUUUUCAGACUCAAAGGACCACGACCAAGAAAAUGCUAAUUUAACAAAUGUUUCUGGUGGUAGUUGUUGGGAGAGUUUGCUUGGUAGAUUCAGUGACACUGUCGUUAAUAGAGUUGAAGAUCACAGACAAAGCUUGUCAGAAAUUUUUGAGAUACCACUUGAUUUUAUUAUCGACAAAUGCCUUCUGCAGGAAAUCAUGCUUCAAUAUAAGUAUGUCAGCAAGUUAACUAUUAAGUUGCUUGAAGAAGGAUUUGAUUUGCAAGAACAUUUACUGGCUCUGCGGCGAUACCACUUUAUGGAACUAGCGGACUGGGCAGAUUUGUUUAUUAUGUCCCUUUGGCAUCAUAAAUGGUGUGUUACAGAGGCAGAUCAUAGACUUUCAGAAAUUCAAGGUUUCCUUGAGUCAUCAGUUCAGAGGUCAUCAUGUGAACGUGACCCUCAUAAGGACAGGUUAUUUGUGUACAUGAAAGGACAUGAUGCAAUGCCUCUUUCAGCAUCUGUUAUUGGAGUCCAUUCCUUCAAUUUUCUUGGUUUGGGUUAUAGAGUAGACUGGCCAAUCAGUAUUAUUUUGAGUCCUAGUGCAUUGAAAAUGUAUGCUGAGAUAUUCAGCUUUCUGAUACAAGUGAAGCUUGCUAUUUUCUCAUUGACUGAUGUAUGGCGCCAAUUAAAGGAUUUGGUGCACUCAAUUAGUCAGAAUAACGACUCUGAACAAAAUGAAAGGGAAGUGAGUCAUUUCAAUGCAUUAGUGAAGAUGAGGCACCAGGUCAAUCAUUUUGUAUCUACAUUACAGCAAUAUGUGGAGUCACAGCUAUCACAUGUAUCAUGGUGCAGGUUUCUAUACUCACUUAAGCAUAAGGUCAAAGAUAUGAUGGAUCUUCAGUCUGUACAUCUGGCAUAUUUAAUAGAUUCGCUUGACAUAUGUUUCCUCUCUGAUGAAACACGACCUAUAGCUCGGAUCAUUGAGAGCAUUCUGCAGUGUGCUCUUGACUUCCGGUCGUGUCUUACCGGGGAAAUGUGGGAUGCGGGAACAAGUCAAGGGAAUUUAAUGGCAAGACUUUCUGGAAUCAAUAUAUCUCAGUUAGAAAUCUAA